AUGCUCGCCACCUUUUUGUUGUUGUUCUUCCUGCCUUUGAUCCAGGCCCAGCCCGAAUGUGGGAUUGUGCCAGUGGAUAAGUGUUGUGAGGAGGUUUGGAGCAACAGAUGUCCCCAGCCCCAUUGUUAUAAGCCGAUUGUAGAGAACUGUCCGGAAAGAAAGAGUCUGGUGUUCAACAGGAAUGCCGAAGCCAAUGUUAAGGACUUGAGAAGAGCGCCGCAAAAAGUCGAGGAAGUAAGAGCAGCGGGGAUUUAGAUUCUUUGUAAUCGGAUUGUAAAUACACAGACUUCCAUUUUGUUUUUUAAAACUAUUUUAGGUGAAGUGUGGAACAUCAGAGAUGAAUUAUCAGCCAUGCACAUCGAAGGCCGUGGCCAACAAACUCUUCAGCUCUUGUUGCGAAUUAUACGUGCCUUCUGAAUGUCAAUUUAUGUGUAAAUACGAAACCGAUCAGUCUAAAGCAAAAGAAUUGCUGACCCAGAUGGCUAACUCGACCUGCUCCUUCAAACACAUGUCCAGUAUCUUAUAUUGCGCUUCCCAAAAUCGAGAUAAUCGACAGUGUUGCCAAGACUUGGAAUUAAAUGCUCCCCAAUUAAUGGUAGAAUCGACAACCGAGAUCUCUGAUUCUUUUUAUUUACAGGUGGGAAGUCGUUGCCUUCGAAUGUGUGAUCCUUCGGGCACUUCAAUUGGGAAAAUAACCAAAGAAGACGUUACUUGUUUAUUCAACUGGAACGUUCUGAUGUAUUGUCAUCACUCCGGGAUCCGAGAAAUGUGA